AUGUUUCUAUAGUAUUAUAGUGAAAACGUUACAAAUACAACAGAGCCUACUUUGAGUUUAGACAUUAUAAUAACAUAUUUAAUUAUAUUAUAGAUUCAUUUUAAUCUUGCAGAUUUAAUAAAUUAAUAAACAAAUCUAAUGAUUCGAUCAUAUAUUAGUGACUUUAGAAAUUUUUAGAAAAUUCUUAUUAGUAUUUACAUUAUAAUAGUAUAAGAGAGAAUCAAGUUUAUAAACCUUAUUCUUAUAUAUUCGAUGUAUUCAUUCAGUGUUUUUAUUUAAUGUUAAAAUAAGUUGAUGAAUUAGGUAAAAUUCUUUAUAUUUUAAUUGAAGGGACAGUAUCCAGUUAUAUUGCUUGAUUUAAUCACAAUUCAAUUUAAUUUUAAAUUAAGUUUAUUUUGA